AUGCCGCCGACUCCGCCCUCGACCACCUCGUCUAACUCGGGUCACUCGCCGCCCGACCCCCAGUUCAGGGUCGUUCGGAAGCGCAACCGCGUCCCUCUGUCCUGCGGGCCCUGCAGGCACCGAAAGCUGAAAUGCAACCGCGGCCACCCGUGCGAUAACUGCACAAAGCGGGGAGAUAGCGCAUCAUGUACGUACGCAACUCCAGGCAACCGCAAAAAGAGCGCGUCCACCACCGGCUCCGCCACUACUCCAGAUGACAUGCAAAACCGCAUUGACCGUCUUGAAGGAUUGGUUCUUUCUUUGAUGACCAAUGGCGCCCAGAGUGCUGGACCAGCCGCCGCGCAAGCAGCCAUUGCAGCCAGCAUGAACGGUAGUAAUGGCUCCGUCGAUCAGCCCUACGAUAUCAGCCCGGAAUCGAUACAGGAAGAAGAAGUGGGCGACGAGAGCGAGGUUGAAAAUGUCACCAAGUCGAUUGGCGUCAUGAAGGUCGAGAACAACCGUGCCAUAUUCGCAUCCGAGGCGCAUUGGUAUGCGAUACUAGGAGAGAUCUCAGAAGUGAAGAACUACUUCCACGAUCACAAGAAGCAGUAUGACGAGCAGCUCAAGCGAUAUAAGGCGGCGCAUACGGACGACAUGAAUGCAGGCACCGCCUUUCUAUUUGGUAGCCAGAAGCCGAUGACACAGCCCGAGCUUCUUCAAAGGUUUCCUCCCAAGCAGACCGCCGAUAUCCUCGUUUCGCGAUAUUUCAAUACGUACGAUCCAGGCAUUCAUAUAAUACAUGGGCCGACCUUCCAGAAACAAUAUGACGGCCAUUGGAUGAAUCCAACCGAUACACCUGUCAUCUGGCUCGGUAUGGUCUUUGCCAUGAUGACUAUAGCGCUGCAAUCAUAUACGCGUGCCGGAGACGAGCCGCCAGAGUACAGAGGGCGGUCAUGGGCAAUGUCGACCGAGUAUCGUGAUUACACAGCGCAAUGCUUGGCGGCUGCGGAUAUCACAUCGCCCAUCACAAAUAUGCUGGAAACGAUGAUCCUACACACACACGCCGACUACGCACGUAGCAGAGAUUCUCAGGCUGGCAUGAUAGUCAGCACCGGGAUAAUCGUACGCUUAGCCAUGCGAAUGGGCUUGCAUCGAGACUCUGGGCCUUAUGCAGGUAUCACGCCCUUUCAAGGAGAGAUGCGACGCAGGGUGUGGGCAGCCAUUCGCUCGAUGGACUUGCUCUUUUCAGCGCAGGCUGGAUUGCCACCAGUUGUCCGACCACGCGACACUAACACCGAGAUUCCGCGCAAUAUCUUCGACGACGAAUUAUUUGAAGAUAUGAGCAUCCUACCACCUUCGCGAUCCGAAGAAGAAGCAACGCCCACCUUGUUCCUUAUCAACCGGACGCGUUUGAUGUACAAGCUUGGAGAAGCUGUUGAGCUCACCGAAGUUCUCACCUGCGCCUCCUACGAAGAGGUCAUGAAGCUUGACAGCCAAGCGCGAGAGCUGCAUGAUAGGAUAUCACCUCAUCUCAAGAUCCGGUCGAUGGACGAAUCAGCGCGAGAUCCAUCGACUCUCAUAAUGCAACGCUUUACGCUCGAAUUACUGUUCCUCAAAAUGAUAUGUUCGCUUCACCGAAAGUUCAUCUCUGCUUCUAGGGUCAACCCCCGAUUCGGCUAUUCAAGACGAGCAUGCAUCGACGCAUCGAUGAAAUUACUUCAACAUCAAGCCACGCUCCACCGAGAGUGCCAGCCUGGCGGCAGACUACGCAAUGUCAAGUGGUUCAUCUCAUCACUCACAACAGUUGACUUUCUGCUCGCGGCAAUGAUAGUGUCUUCCGACCUAUAUCACACUGCGCGACAAGAACGUGCAGGGAGGAGAGACUCUACCGACAUGUACUACUGGAGCGAAGACCGACGGAAUGAAAUGAUCGAUGCGAUCGAGACAGCCGUGGGCAUCUGGGAUGGCUUGAAAGAGCACUCCAUGGAGGCAUACAAAGCGCAUGCAACACUGAGCAUCAUGCUAGGUCAGCUGAAAGGAAGCCAAUCGUCAAGAUCGCAACCGCAAAGCUUCUCGAAUACACCCGCCUUCAACACCUCGACCGCCAUGGAUGAUGCCAAUGUGGCGCCUGAGCAUUCUGCUGCGAUGACAUUGGGCAUGCUUAGCACCGGCGGCAUGACGCCGAACUCGGCAAACAUGUUUGAAACGCGGUACCCUCCAUCUAUGGCAAACCUGUUGAAUGAUCCUGCGCCGCAACAGCCAACUGGCCUGACGCCCAACUUUGGUGCAGCCACCAACGGCGAGGUCCGCGCUCCCAGUCCGUUCUCGAACCUCUUCGGAGGUGGGUUCCAAAAUAUGGACUUGCCGAGCGCGGACAACAUUGACUGGAAUGCAUGGGACUCGUACAUCCAAGGCCCGAGCAUCGAUGCCACGAACUCGUUCUUCCCUAUGGAUCUCGGUGGCAUGCCCAUGCAGACGGACGGUUUGCCAAAUAGCAGCACAUCGACGAGUGGGCAACCCCAAGCAAAUAUGUUUGCCGCGAAUGGGGGACCCUUUAUGGGGGUGAGUACACCUGUAAAUGAUAUCGACCCAGUGUCUUAUGUCCUCCAGGCGCCUCAGGACCCGAAGACGUCAUCCGGAGAUGGUUAUGUGAUGGGUUUCGCGAUACCAAAGUCUUCUUAA